UCACUCACGCUAGUAGGGAAGGAAGGAGUGCCAUUCAUCGGCUUGGGCACUUGCUUCAACGGAAGUGGAAAAUUUCGUUCUGUAAAAAAAAAUUGUUGCGCGCGCCAUAUGCGGUAAUUAAACGAAUAUAAUUAUUUAUAAAAAAUAUCUAUCUUCUAUGAAAUCUUGGCAUCGAACUGUUUGAAAUUAGCAAUAAUGGAAUGACUUUGUUCUCUGACGAAAUUUCUCCAGAUAUCGUCUUUAUUGCGUAGCAGUUUCAUUCUCUGUUUUUGGACAAACACUCCACUGAUUUUUACUGAUUCUUUUAGUGGAAGUUUUUGCAGUUCUUUAUCAUGCCGCCUCAGAUUGGAGGUAAAGCUGUGAAAAAGGCGGGAAAAGCUCAAAAAGCCGUUCGAACGGGCGACAAGAAACGAAGGAAGAAGAAGAGGAAGGAAAGCUUCAGCAUCUACAUCUAUAAAGUUUUGAAGCAAGUGCAUCCUGACACCGGCAUAUCGAGCAAAGCCAUGUCCAUCAUGAACAGCUUUGUGAAUGAUGUCUUUGAGAGGAUUGCAGCUGAAUCAUCCAGGUUGGCUCACUACAACAAGCGGUCCACCAUUACCAGUCGCGAGAUUCAAACGGCCGUUCGUCUUCUUUUACCAGGAGAGUUGGCCAAGCAUGCAGUAUCUGAAGGAACCAAGGCGGUCACCAAGUAUACCAGCUCCAAGUAAGAGGCAUUCCUGAUGGGUCUGAUGUGAAUACUGAUCAUACAGAAUUAUGCAGGUCAGCAUCAUACGGAUCGUACAUGGAUGUUUUCGACGACAAAGGAUGUAUACAGUGGACGUUGCUAAUGAAAUACAAAGAUGAGGCUGAAGUAAAAUGCUAGUAUGAACUUGAUUAUGAUUUUAGUAGUAGAUUAGAUUUAAAUGUGUGGAUUGUGUCUGAAUGGAAUUUUAAUUUGAACUUUGAAGAAUUUUACUCUGAUGUGUACAAAAUUUCACUGAAUGUUGUCACCUUUUGUGGUUUCAGUUUUUCUUAGAGCGUUUUAGAAUAGUAAUUGUGAUGGUAAAAUAAGAAUUCAGAAUAUUUGGUCAAGGGAACAAUUUUCUGAAAAUUCGCUGAUGACAUUUUUUGUAAUGUUUUUCUUUCGAUUAUUUAUAUCAUUUAUAAAUUUUUAUUCGAUUUGGUCAUAUUACCUGUGAUUCAAUUUUCAGUUAGGUAAUAAUUUAAUAUUAAAAAUGCUGUCCGUGAGUUUCAUUUUUUUUCUAAAUUUAUUUAUUUAUAAAUUUUGUAAUUUUUAAAAAUAUUUCUGGUGUUGAAGACAAUGACAUGCUAAUUUUAUAUCACCUAUAAUUCGAGUUUUAGUUUGGUAGUAAUUUAGUUUAAAAAUGUGAUUAAUAAUUUUUAUUUUAUCAAACUUAUUUAAUGAAUUUAAAUUUUUACCUUCUAUUUCAGCAGAUUUACGAAAUAUAUUUAAAAUUUUAUGUGAAUGAUUAGUAUAUAAUGAAAAAAAAGUAUCUGGUUAAGUAAGUAAAAAAAAAAAAAAAAAAAACUUUUUUUGAGGAAAAAAAAUAGAAAGAAGUUUAUAAUAUGCAAUACAUAAAAUAUUUCAAUUGUUUAAUGUUUUAGCAGGUAAUGGGGAAAACUUUGUUAUAUGCUUUAAUUCAGUAUCUUCAACUAUCAUUAAAAAGUGAUUUUUCUUUUUUAUAUAACUGCAUGAACAUUUCAGUCUCGGUUAAAACUUCCAAUUUCUUUGUCAUGAAACUGUACCCUUUGAAGUACCAUUAAAAACUUUUUGUGCAUCUGA